UUCAUGUCAUGUCGUGCGGUACUCCUUGAGGCCUCCGGUACUCUGAAGGCUUGGGUUGGGUUGCAAAGAAAGCCUCAAAAUUAGUGUUUUCGGCGGUUAGGCCUGAUUAUCACCAUGCCAACUUCUUCAAGAGAUCAUGCGCUACGGUAUUGUUUCGCUGGCAUCGGCGGCAUGUGCGGUGCCUUUGCAACCAAUCCAGUGGAUGUGACCAAGGUCCGCAUGCAAUUGGACGGUGAGUUAGCCAAUCAGAGAGGUCGGCUAGGACAAGCGUACAAGGAACGCCACUACAAGGGCAUCAUUAGGGGCGCUGUAACUAUCGCAAGAGAGGAGGGAAUCUUGGCUCUAUAUAAAGGCUUGACCCCUGCCCUGGUGCGUGAGGCUACGUACAGCACCAUACGCAUCGGAGCCUAUGAACCAAUCAAAGUGUUGUUUGGAGCCACAGACCGUCAUCACACACCUCUCUUCAAGAAACUUGCAGCUGGUGCUACCUCAGGUGCUAUAGGCAGCACGGUAGCCGUACCCACCGAUCUAAUCCGUGUCCGCCUUCAAGCCCAGGGUCGUCUGAGCGCCGGAGAGCAGCCUAAAUACAGGGGAUUCAUCCACGCUUUCACUGAUAUCCUGACAAAGGAAGGCUUCUGGGGGUUAUAUAGGGGCACAGCACCCACGGUGCAGAGAGCAAUCUUAUUGACUGGAACACAGGUUCCUACGUAUGACCAUACUAAGCACACUAUACUCAACCUUGGCUGGAUGGUUGAAGGUCCAGCAUUGCAUAUAGUAUCUGCCAUGACUGCAGGCUUCAUGUGUGCCGUCACUACCUCACCAGUUGACCUCAUUAAAACACGGGUCAUGAACCAGCGAAUCAAAGGCAUUCCGAAAAAUGAGAGGAUGUACAGGAACGGUCUGGACUGCCUACUCAAGACAGUGAAAUCUGAAGGUUGGGUAGGUUUAUACAAGGGCUUCAUGCCAAACUGGCUGCGCAUAGGUCCCCAUACUAUCAUUAGCUUCUUCCUCUUCGAAUACCUCAGAAAGAAGGCAGGUAUUAAUCCUAUUUGAUGGACCACUUUUACGACUUGGGUACUGAUACAACAUGGUUUGAGGAGAAAUAAGGCAAAUUUGACUAAUCCUUCAUUGUCUGAUUUCGAUGUAGGCUGCGGAUAUCCUUAAAGAUAUAGUCCAUCAUUUGUAAUUUGUGCAUUUUGUUCGUUUGAAACAACAAAAGCGUUCAAAAUCUAAUGAAGGAUACUGAACAACUAACCUGAUGAAGU